UGAGACGAUUGUAAAUUUUGCUUUGUGCGGAGGCGAGUUUAUUUUCAUUUUCAUUUUCCAUAUUUUUACAGUUUUUUGUGCGUUAAUAAUUGCAAAAAUUUGGCGAAAAAAUCUUACUUUUGCUAGUAAAAGUAAAAUUGAAACAUAAAAUUAAUUAUUAGUGUAAUUGAGUAUAAUUAGAGAAGCCAUUGGCAAUUGCUAUCACUGGUUGUCUGGGUCGUCUGGUGAAAGGCAAAAGUGAUUGAUUAGGAGAAGGAGGAAGGAAGAGGAAGUACAGUAAAAAGAAAAGCAGUCGGUGCCGAACUGAAAGACGGCAAAUAAAAGUAUUUGAGUGGAGCAGACGGUCAAGACAAGAGGGAAAAGAGGUGCACAAACGAGCAAAUACUUGGAGCGGGAACAUUGAUAAAUGCAAUAUAACAAGGCAUUGAGACAACGGCUACGACGUCAACAGCGACAGUGCGAGUUGUUGCAUGAAAAACGUCUCUAAAGGAAAAAAAAUAUCCAGUCGGCAGAAGGAAGAGGCAAGAAAAGUAUCCAUCAGACGACGACUCUGGUAGAACGGAAAGCACAAAAAAGUGUGAAAGGUCAGCAGGCAGACUAAGAGGAGACAGAAAAUAAAGAAUUCGUGCAAAAUAGUACACUCAGCCAGUAAGCAAAGCCUCAUACAUAUUUGAUAUAUAUGUAAGUAUAACGCAAUCAAAACGGCAAUUAAUAUAUAAAUCGCCAGAAGUACACAAUUUUGAAAUAUAAAAGAAAUACAAGCGAAGUUAUUCUAUUGACUUACCUAAACGUCAUACCAUAGGUAUAUGUAUGUAUAUGCGAAAUACUCUCGAGAAUAUUCAAAAAUUAAUAAAAACCCAUUUGAUUCGACUAGGGUUUUGGUAGAAUCAUACACGAUCAAGUGAAAAUCUGGAUUGGUAAGCUAGAAAAAGGAAAACUUCAACAAUCCUCGUGGUUAUUUCUGCCUGCUGUUGCAACAAACGUGCAGAGCAAGUUUUUCAAAAAAAUAUUCAUUAUUACUGACAGGAUAAGUAUUUACAAUUACAGAAGGCUUAGUUUUGAGCUUGAGGCCAGUGAAUAUUUCUUGCGACCAGCCGAAUCUGCCGCAUUUGUUGACGACUCAUUGUCGACCAGAGCACGCUUGCUGUGCCACGUGCGAUGUUGCCAUUCACCCCACAAGUAGUUAAACGUUUGUUAGCACUCAAGAAGGGCAACGAAGAUACAGUGGAAGGGAAGUGGUCUGAAAAAGCGGUAAAAAAUCUUGUCAAGAAAGUGAAAAAGAAUAUUCAGCUUGAAGAGUUAGAACGUGCCAUUUCCACACAGAACUGUAACACGCGUUGUGUAACCGUACCGCGCAGUAAGCCAGGCGCUACUGGCGAAAAUUUGCGCAAAGGCCAACCACACGUCAUAUAUUGUCGCGUAUGGCGCUGGCCGGAUCUACAAUCGCAGAAUGAAUUAAAAGCUUUGGAACAUUGCGAAUACGCUUUUCAUUUGCGUAAGGACGAAAUUUGUAUUAAUCCAUAUCACUACAAAAAGAUUGAGCUAUCAAUUUUGGUGCCAAAAUCAUUGCCGACACCUCCCGAUUCAAUUUCUGACUAUCCUUUGGAUAAUCACACCCACCAAAUACCUAACAAUACCGAGUACAAUGCCGCCACUAUACGCAGCGCUUCGUUGAGUCCGCCACAGUAUAUGGAGUUGUCAAGCCAUCAUCAUCAACAGCAGCAACAACAUUCGCCGGGUGGACUUGUUGGUUUAGGUAUGAGUGCGGCUCAACAGCAACAACAACAGAUUAAUGGGUCACUUGUAGGAUCUGGUGCUUGCAAUAUGGACUCACAAUCAAGUGUACUAAGCGUUGGCAGUAGCAUUCCUAAUACAGGCACCCCACCGCCUGGCUACAUGAGCGAAGAUGGUGAUCCCAUCGAUCCAAAUGACAAUAUGAAUAUGUCAAGAUUGACCCCGCCAGUCGAUGCUAGUCCCGUAAUGUAUCAUGAGCCCGCUUUUUGGUGCUCUAUUUCAUACUAUGAGUUAAAUACGCGUGUUGGUGAAACCUUCCAUGCCUCGCAACCAUCCAUUACAGUGGAUGGGUUCACUGAUCCCUCCAACUCGGAGCGCUUCUGUCUUGGCCUACUUUCAAAUGUGAAUCGUAAUGAAGUAGUUGAACAGACACGUCGUCACAUUGGCAAGGGAGUGCGUCUUUACUAUAUUGGAGGUGAGGUGUUCGCGGAAUGUCUCAGUGAUUCGUCUAUAUUUGUGCAGAGCCCCAAUUGUAAUCAACGCUACGGGUGGCAUCCAGCUACUGUCUGUAAAAUACCACCAGGAUGUAAUUUAAAAAUAUUCAAUAACCAAGAAUUCGCGGCAUUGUUAUCGCAAUCGGUUUCACAGGGUUUUGAGGCCGUAUAUCAAUUAACACGCAUGUGCACCAUACGUAUGUCAUUUGUGAAAGGUUGGGGUGCUGAGUAUAGACGUCAGACGGUUACCUCGACUCCUUGUUGGAUCGAGUUGCAUUUGAAUGGGCCACUACAAUGGCUGGAUCGUGUGCUAACGCAAAUGGGUUCGCCACGUUUACCAUGUAGCUCGAUGUCUUAAAAUGUAAAAUUUAAGUGUGUGAAACGAAGUGGAAGCUGUAUAGAAGGUAGGAGUGCUUAAAUAAAAGCAUUAAUUGAUAGUAAUCGAUGGCCUACAAAGUGAGAGCCUAUGUUUGCACAUAAUUACCAAUUAAUUAAGAUACAUGAAGGUUGGAGCAUAUGGUUGGUUGGUUGGUUUAAGGUUGACCCCGCAUCGGAGUGCCACAUAGACCGCAAGUUGGGUCCGUUAUGUUGCCCUAGAGCUCAUUAUAUUAUAUGAUUUCCCCACCUAACCGAGAUUUUUUACUAUAGAUUUUGGUCCAAGAUAUUAAUUCGUUUCGAGAAUUUAAUGAGAGAUUCGAUCCUUGGAGCAUAUAGAAAGAACUUUUUUCUUCAUAGUAACUAUUUUCAUUUUUCAAAAUUUGUGGUAAAUUUUCGAUAUUUAUAUAUUUUUGACACUUUCUCUUAAAUAUCAGGUCUAAAAUAUCAGACCUAGACUCUCAGAAGAUACUUCAGUUUUGUAUGCUCUGUGUGCAGUGAUCCAGUGAUCAAUACUUUCGCUUUGGAUUUGUCAACAAAGUAGAAGACCCCUUCAAUUACAGGACUACAAUUUUUUUAUAGAAUUUAAAACAUGUUUUAAGCUUUUAAAGCUUUCAAAUACAUACUCAAUUGCUACAAACAUAGAACAUAUUUCUUUCAAUUACGCCCAAACCAUUAAAUUUUUAAUUAUUGAUUAAUGGCUAAUAAGCUCAAAUUGAAAUUAAAAGAUAAAUCACAUUUUUUGCAAAUAAUAGAUAUGCAGAUUAGUAAGAUGAGUGCAUGGAUAAAUACAUACAUGCAUGUGGUAACCUUCUAUGGUUACAUUAUGACGAAGGUAUAAACAUAAGAACAGAUAUAAAAUUAAUAUAGAAAAAAAACAUAAAAUUUAUAAUUGAAAUAAGUAUAAAUAGAACCAACAAUUUUGAAAGCAUUAUCGCUGUGUAAUGCGCGUAUUGUAUUUUUGCAAUGAACUUGAAGGACAUUUUCAACUAACAUACACAUACACACCAGAGUAUAUCUUAUAAAUAACAGCAGAAAUGUUACCAAGUAGCAAAGCAGUUGAAAAUAGGAGAAAAGUAAAUACAAAAAAAUAAGAGCUUUUAGAUUUUAAAGUUUUAACAAUAGAUUUUGUACCGUUUACAAACUUACAUACAUGUAUCUAGUACAUGUUAACCCAUACAACACAACAAUUAUAUAUACGAAACCACAAAAAAAAAAACAAUUAAUUUUUGAAUAUUUGCUGGAAGCAGAUUGUGGAAAAUCUAAAUUUUUAAGCAGAUUGUAAAUUGUAAAACUGGAAAAUUGGCUGAAAGCUGCGGGAUAUUAGCUGUAAAUGUUAGCAAACCAUUUAAUUAAAAAAGAAAAAAUAUUGAAUAUUAAAAAUGUAUAAGAAAACUUCAAAAUGUUCUCUAUUCUGUUUUUAUGCUUUAACAAUAGUUCUGUGCAUUAAAAAAUCACUAAAGUACUUGUUUAUAUUUUAAGCUUAUUGAAAUCUAAAAAUAUAUGUAAUUUUCAUUUAGUUGGCAAACAAAAAGGGAAUUAGUUCUCUAAUUUAUAUUAUUAUAAUACUUACACUUUUUGUAUUUCUUUUACAACAUACUCGUACGUACAUUUUUUGUUGUUGAUCUUUUCUAUUAAUUACACAUACAUACAUAUAUAUAUGUAUGUAUAAUUUGUUGCAAACAUAUGUGCAUUUGAAAAAUAUUUGAAAACAUUUUGAGCUGGUUAAACGAAAACACUGCAAAUUAUUCAGUAAAUAGUUGUUAUAUAUGAUGCAAUAAACUUUACAUACUUGCAUAGAAAUUCUAUUAAAUACAUACAUACAUACGUAUAUCCACACCACACUGUGAUCCCGCGUCAUGACAUCAAUGGCCAAAUUACGAUUCAAGUCAAAGUCAAACAAUUAAACUGCCAUACGUUUUUACAUAAUAAGAUUUUUAACUAUAAUAUCUGCAGUUUUCGUUUAAUCGGCUCAAACCGUGCUGCACUAAAUAAAAAAUAAACCAGCCCCUUAAAACGUGUCCGAAUAUAUAAUAUUUCGUAGCCACAUCGAAGAUUUACUAAAAAUGUAAAUAUUACAGCAAAAAUUAAAUUUGUUGCAGCGCAAUGCCAAUUGAUUUUUUUUUUUUUUUUGCUAUACAGAAAGAGAAUAAAUAUUGAUUUCAGUUACGCUUUUUUUUAAGUUUAAGAAAAAUUAAAAAAAAAAAAACAUGUGUUUAUGUUAUUAAUAUUUGUGCGAUUGUUUUUCCUGUAAAAUGCAGUUCUGAUAUUGAUUUUUGCUAUUAGCUUCAUAAAAUAUAAGUGAAUCUAAGUCCCGAUUAAUUGCUCUAUAAUUACACAAUACGAGUAUAUGCAUACGUCACUAUAUCAAUAAAAAUAAUACUAAACCUAAUAAAGCUAAAAUAAAAAUAUUAUAUUCGGAGUUGGAAUACAUUGUAA